GUGUGCGUGUGCGUGUGUGUGGGUGUGGGAUAGAGAUUUUGUGUCAGUAAUACUCUGCAGGAAGGGGUGGAAAGACAGCAAGAGAUGGCAACAGAGAGAAAGAGAGAGAGAGAGAGAGAGAGAGAGAGAGAGAGGGAGAAACUGGGUGCGAAAGGGAGUGAGAACUCAAGAGUGUGAGAGAGAGAGAGAGAGAGAGAGAUCUGGCUCUUGACAGUUUCAGUUCAGCUGCGCUCCACAGGCUGCACUCACUGAGUCUUCAUCACGAGAGAGAGAGAGAGAGAGUGAGAGUGAGAGAGAGAGAGAGAGAGAGGGGGGGAGAGAGAGAGCGCACGGAGUGCAGGGAUUCUCGCUCGGUUUCGGCACUGUGAAGCCUCAGCUCUGGUGCCUGUCGGUCUGAAGGGAGCGCAGGUCAUCCUGUCCCUCUCAGCCCUCAUCCCCACAAUGCCAGCGUGGGGGCCGGUGCGGAUCUUUCCGGAACAGGUCCCCAGGAGUCGCCCGCUUCGCGCUCGAGUUUACCGCCUCAACAUGGGCUGAGAUGUAACCGCGGAUACCCUCCCCUUCACUCCGCUCUCCUCUUUAAAAUGCAUUCGUGUGUUUGUUGUGAAUCGGUCUGAAGCAGUGGGAAAGUGCCCUUCGGCACUUUGGGGCGUGACCUGCGAUGCCGACUACAUCUGCGGUUGGCUGUGAAGGAGGACUCCGCGAUUAAGAACUUUCUUCAAUCAGGUGGUUUUUCCCAUGUUUUAGUUCUUUGCCUCCAAUGAGCAGCAGACAAAGCUGGGCAACAGACUGGGCUCAGUGUUCUAUCACUAGCCCUUCAGGUGAAAUGGAAACCCUUUGUUCAGAUGUAGAACUGAGACCAAAGCCAUUGCUAAAUCCUUGAAAAAGGGUGGAUAGUCCUCCCUGAAGUCUGCAAGGAUGCUAUCCAGAAAUCACUUCAACGGUCAAGAUGGUGCAGGUAUCGUUCAGCACACGUCCACCAAGAACAAAUCCCUGGCUCUGACCAGGGCCCAGAGCCCCAAGGGGGCCAAAGGCAUCUGCAACAAGGUCCAGAAGUUUCUCCAGGGACCUGGGGACCAGUCCAUCCAGGAAACUAGUCUCUCCCACCGAGAAAUCAGGAUGGAUGCUGGGAGAGAUAUGUCUGGGGAAGAGUUUCAUACCCCUCAGGUCUUGAAUGGCCGGGGGUUCCCCAACAAUACUCCUGGGGUGUCAUGCGUUGGAGAGGUGGAGCUGAAUAGAGAGGGUUAUGUCAAAAUCCCUUGCACCGUGCAAAACAACGGCCCCAGGCCGACUUGCGCUGAACCCGGUGUCAAUGGUUCUGCCUCUGCAGGCCACACAGAUAACGGGGGCGGGGCUAGGACCGUGGUUCGAGGUCCCAUCUGUGAAGAAGAGGACUCAAUUGAGUCCCCCACCGAUAGUGUUGUUGGCGAGUCUAAGAUGGAAGAGGAGCCUGGGCUGGAUGAAGGUGUGGAGGAUGAGGAGGGUUCCAGCGCUCUCAUCGAGCACAUCCUCAAGGAGUUGCGGGGGAUCAACAAGAUCCAGGAGGAGAUCUCUGACCUGCGGGAGUACCUGACCUCUGUGCGGGGCUCCGUGGAGGAGGUGUCCUGCUGCGUGGAUGCUGUGUUAACAGAAAUUGAGGGGAUCCGUUCUGGGUCUGGGACGGAGCUUGGAGCCAAGGCUGCAGCAGGACCCUUCUUCCCUAGCCAGGGGAACCCUCAUGCACCCCCCAGGCAGAUCAUCAGCAGCUUGCUGUCAGAGUACCAGGCUUGCUUUGAGUGCGGGCAGGCAGCGACCAGCAGCAAGAGUGGCCAGUUCAGGAGAGCUGUGCCCACCUGCCAGUCAUCAUCUAUAGUUCAUCCGCAUGCCCCUGACACUUGCAAACCUGGUGAUCGGGAAACCUCGGAUCAGAGCUCGGACCGGGUGCAUAGCUUGGGAGGCAGAAAGCUCAGCUUGACCUACCUGGAAAGACAGGAUGAGCAGGACUGCCCCAGCAACAGCUCCCUGUCCUCUGGCCACAGCUCCAAGUCUAAUGAGUCCGACCUGCCGGAAAGACAGGGUGGUGGUGCCUGCGUUGGAGAGAGGGACAGCUGGGGGGAUGGGACUGGUAUCCAAUGCAGCAUGAGUGGGGAGGCGAGCUGGAGUGAUGGCGGAUACUCUCGGCAGAAUAGUGUGGAAGACAGCCAGCGCUUCAGCGAGACAUGGGAGCAGUACCAGGCUGCAGAGACCAGCAGCGUCGCUAGCCAUUCCUUGGCAGGGAGCUCCGAGCACCUCUCCCUCACUCUCGGCCGCCACUACAACUCCCCCUCCAGCUCGCUGGAUUGGCGAGCCCACAGGCACCAGCUACAUGAGUCAGAUGUUGCCGUGGCAGGCACCGGACAGGCGUCAAACUCUGGCCUUGGGUGCGACUGGUCGGCUGAAUGUGCUUACUCCCGAAGCGGCAGCUACUACACAGCGGUAGAAGCCUACGGCGAAGAAGGUGUGAGCCUGAGCCGCAACUCCACAGCCAUUUUCACAGACUGCGAGGAGGACACCUGCCAGAACGCCUACUCCUCCUAUGAGCCUUGCCCAGCAGGUGAUUCUCUGGAUGCCGCAUCUGUGAGGAGCUUGGAGGGGGAGUGGGCGGGAUCAGGGGCCGGUAUAGGGUGGGGGGAUGUCCCGCGAGGGCUGGGUGCGGGGAGAGGUGGAUUUCAUCCUCCCACCACGGAGUCCGAUGGUGCAGAGCAGCCCCCCAUUGUAGGCUUCACUGUGAAGCGGUUUGGGAGGGCGGUGCUAGACUUCAAGUCUGCCCUCACGGGGGCGCUAAAGAAGCUGGAGGGUGGAGGUACUCAGUACACUGGGGAUGAGGGUGGAGAGGCUGAAUUAAUCUACAGGAGUCCCAGCAAAGCAUUGGUUGACCCGGUCCAUGCAGAAAGCCCACAGAAGGGAGAAAAGGAGGUGGUAGAGGUGGAGCAGGAGGGGGAGAGCCACAGCUUCAGUGUCUCCGAUCACCGGCCUGACGAUCCCCCAGAGGAGGUGGCCGCCACCCUCACCCAUGCCCCUAACACCACCACCACCACCACCACAAUCACCACCAGCACCGAUGGUUCUCUGAAGUCAGACACCCUUCCUGAGGUGACGAUUGCAGAAACCCCAACUGGCACCGAUGGGGAUGAGCCUGCGCCCUCCUGCGGGACACCGUCCGAACCCCGCGGCUCCCCCGCCACCCCUCUCUCUCACUGCACCACCGCAGAGUCCCUCUCAACAGAGGACCCUCUCGCUGCCGCCGCCAUUACCACCAACGUCGCUGCCGCGGGAGAGCCCCAGUCUGACCUGGAACGCGCCCCUGAGCCGGGCCUCGGGACGCCAGGGGAGCUGAGCCAGCGGGAGGCAUACCGGCAAAAAUGCCUCAGCAGCUUCCAGCAGAUCCUGAAGGAGAAGCGCCAGACCCGCCGAAACCUGUCCCGGAUGGCCAUGUCCACUUUCUCUGAGGAGGACUUCAACCCAGAGGGGAGCAGAGAUGAUGAUCAGGUUCCUCUCUUUAAGUUCAUACUGCAUUUUUGA